AUCUGAAAGAUAGGCAAAGAAAAAACCCAACCUACAAUGGCUAAUUACGGGCAAUGGAGCAGCUUCUACAGAAAUCGUGUACCCCACAAGAUAACAGCCGUGAUUGAUAAAGCGCCAUCGAAUAUAUCGACUUACGGAUUCCCAAUGUUGGUUAGUUUUCACUCGUUCGCAGCGUCAUGCAAAAGUGCCGAGCUCCGAUUCCGUUUCAUCUCAUAGCUGGGAUCCUUGUGAUCCUGGAAGCAUCUCGCGUAGAGGCUGCCGCCCCCCGGCAGCCGGACAGUCGGAUUGUGAACGGGCGCGAGGCCGCCGAGGGCCAAUUUCCGUACCAACUCUCGCUACGCCGCCAAACGGUCCACAUCUGCGGCGCCUCGAUCCUCUCCAGCAACUGGGCCAUUACGGCCGCCCAUUGCAUCGACGGCCAUGAGCAGCAGCCGCGGGAAUUCACCCUCCGCCAGGGCAGCGUCAAGCGUACCUCGGGCGGCACUGUUCAGCCGGUGAAGUCCAUCUACAAGCAUCCGGCCUACGAUCGGGCGGACAUGAACUACGACGUGGCCCUUCUGCGAACGGCGGACGGUGCGCUCAGCUUGCCGCUGGGCAAAGUGGCGCCCAUUCAGUUGCCCACCGUGGGCGAGGCUAUCUCGGAAAGCAUGCCCGCCGUUGUCUCCGGCUGGGGACACAUGAGCACCUCCAAUCCCGUCCUGUCGCCGGUACUCAAGAGCACUACGGUGCUGACAGUCAACCAAGAGAAGUGCCACAACGAUCUGCGCCAUCACGGAGGCGUCACCGAAGCAAUGUUCUGCGCGGCCGCCAGAAACACAGACGCAUGCCAAGGCGACAGCGGAGGCCCGAUCAGCGCACAGGGAACCCUCAUCGGAAUCGUAUCCUGGGGAGUUGGCUGCGCGGAUCCGUACUAUCCGGGGGUCUAUACCCGCCUGGCCCAUCCCACUAUCCGACGCUGGAUACGGCUCCUCACAAAGUUGUAGAUUGUUCGCUGAUUAAAUGGAACUUAAACAUUAAAAGAUUUCUGCAU